AUGGCGACGGAGAGUGCCUAUGAGCGCAGCGUAUCCCCGGCUGAGUUUGUGGCAAGCCGGUACCAAACACUGGACCUCCGUCCAGAGGUGUUUUUAUCUAAGAACAGUAUUUUAGGAUCGCCAAACACGAUCGACACGGACAAUCUCCCGCUUGGACAAAAUGACAAGUCCCAAUAUGGUGACGACUGUGCGGCCAGGGAUUCGGUUUGCCGCAGUCGCAAUGAGGGAGACCGCUACGCCAUGGAAUCCCGAUUCAGUGUCGAAUAUCUACAUAAUAGACCACCCUAUGUGUUCCAAGUGCUUAUGCACACCAUAGUCAAGGACUUAGACACCCGUGCGAAAAGCAUGGAGGAACAGUUCAAAAGGCAACAAAACUGGAACAAAGAAUUACAGUGGGGUAUCGAUAUUAUUGCAGAGGGUUUGCCCAGGCUUCAGGCUUUAGAGGAUACGAUAACAGCCCUUGAAGCAAAACUUGAUAUAUUAAUGGAAAGUGGAGAGUGGGAAAAAUAG